AAUCGCUCACAAGACGCUGAUAUAUUAGACGCCGAUGUAUUAUCUACUGUCACUUUUUUAUAAUACAAGGCAUAGGGUAAAAUUUUCUGACAAUGGCAAUUUUGCAAUUUAUUUACUUGAUCUUCAUUGCAUGUUUUUGCAUCGGUGAGACCGCGGUCGUUGGUGAGUCAACCAGGGACAUUUCACAGCGGACCUCACAGACAAAAGACAUCUGCUCAGACUGCAGCCAGAUCGUUGAGCUGUUCACAGACAUGAUCUCCAACACAAACAUACAGGAUCGGAUCCAAAACACUCUGGAUGCCCUGUGUCAUCGUCUGCCUGGAGUGGAGGCUGAAAGCCGCUGUAUAUACCAGGUGCAGAUGUUCCUGCCUGAAGCACACCAGUACCUCACUGGCAUACUGAAGCCGGUAGAGACAUGUAUGGUUCUGGGCCUGUGUGCUGUUCACCCCGAGAGAAGUGUCCCUGAACAACUUCCUCCCACUUUCACUGACAUGGAUCUGUCCAAAAAUAUACUCAACUCAGGCACCAGUUCAAAGGUGCAGGGCGGCCCAACGUGUACGUUCUGUGUUUAUAUCCUUAAGAAACUAGAGAGCAUGUUGCCUACAGAGAGGACUGAGGAAACUAUUGUGAAGUUAAUGGGUGAGGUGUGUGGCCUCCUGCCUGCCAGCUACACAGAUCAGUGCAACGACUUCAUCAACAAGUACGGAAAAGAGAUUGUGGAAUUCCUGUUGUCUUCAGCUGCCCCACACUCAAUCUGUGUUCUGCUGCACCUGUGUCUGUUCCAGGAAAUCCCCAGCACGGAGAGCUCCCUCCCUUCAGACUGCGAUUCCUGCCGUACGCUAGCCGUCCUAAGCCGGCUCCAUCUGGGUCUCAAUGCCACUGAACCUCAGACCUCCACUUUCCUCCAGUCUGUCUGCCAGAUGCACCCAAACGCCGUCCCCAAGUGUAAAACAUUCACCACAUUUUAUGGCCCAAGACUGCGCAAGGUUUUGGGACGCCAAAUGGAAGCUCCCAAUGCAUGUGAGAAAGCUGAUGUGUGUGUUGCUGUGAAAGAGCAGCCUCUACUGGGGAAGAACCAUUGCACCUGGGGACCCAGUUAUGUCUGCAGGGACAUGAAAACCACUCAGGAGUGUGGCAUGGUAGACAUCUGCCAGAAGUUCAUGUGGAACUAGGGCCGAGAACCACACCCAAACAAAUCUACAGAUGACGAGAAUGGUUGAUCUGCAUUGAUAAAUAUGAGUUACAAUUGCACUUGUUACCGAUUGCACUAUUGCCUUUUUUUUUUUCACUGUUGAAAUGACAUGUCAUUUAACUGAUAUACACUGAAGUAAUGUUUCUGUAUGUUUAAUUCCUAGUUUUCGCUGAAGGUCAAUGUAGCACUUGAGAUUAUGAUUUGAUGUCAGGUUGGAUCUACACUGUAUACUGUUAUCAGUACAAAUACUGAAAAUUGUUGACUAAAUAAAGUGGACCCAUUAAGCAUAGCCACACGUAUAACAUUAAAAAAACAGUGGUUCUAAUUAGCUGAAAUAUGUGGUAUAAGAAAUGAGAAAUAAGUGGCUGUAUGUUAUAUCCAGGUAUUUAUAUUCUUGCCUAUUAUUGCUUACAAAUUGUGCUGAAGAAAUGUAUUUGCCUGCUUUCUUUCCAUUUUAUUUUGUAUUUCAUUUCAAUGAAAGUUUAUCGUAAUCCAAAACUGAAUUAAAAAGAAUCAAUUAAAAUCUGCAGCCCUCCGCUUAAA